AUGACUACCCUCAAAUCUGGUGAUGCUUUCCCGGCCGAUGUGACCUUCAAGUACAUCCCAUGGACCGAGGAGAACGCCGAAGCCUCUUCGUGUGGCAUUCCGAUCGACUACAAUGCUUCCGAGGAGUGGGCUAACAAGAAGGUCGUCCUUUUCUCCGUUCCUGGCGCCUUCACCCCCACUUGCUCCGUCAACCACCUUCCCGGCUACCUCCAGAAUCUCCCCGAGCUGAAGAAGAAGGGUGUUGAUAUCGUUGCCGUCCUUGCUUUCAACGAUCCCUUCGUCAUGAGCGCAUGGGGAAAGGUUAAUGGAGCGCGCGAUAACAUCCUCUUCCUUUCCGACCCUGACUCCAAGUUCUCCAAGAGCAUUGGAUGGGCUGAUGCCGCCUCCGGCCGUACUGGCCGCUACGCUAUUGUCAUUGACCACGGCAAGAUCAGCUAUGCUCAGAUCGAGACCGAGCGUGGUGCUGUCAAGAAGUCUGGUGCUGAUGCCGUGCUCGCUUCGCUGUAA